CAAAAUGUCAAUUUGUGCAUGAAAAGGUGUUCUCGUUGCAGAGAAAAGUGAAAAGUCUCCUGUUUUCCCGCAAAAACCGCAUUGAAAAGCAUUUAUCUCACAUGAGUGGACGAUAUUCUGAUAGAUACGAUCGACGAGGCUCAGGCGGGAGCGGCGGCAGGCGGAGGAGCCGCUCGCGGUCGCCGGAGCGCCGCAGGUACUCGUCGGACGAGGAGGAGGACCACAGACACACUAGCGGCUACCGGAGCGAGCUGAGGCGCCAGGAUGAGCGCGAAAGACGCAGGAAACGCGAACGCAGUCCGGAACCUGAGAACGAGUCGAAAUCCGUGCUUCCACCGCCACCGCCGCGGAUAUCGAAGGUGUCCAUGUCCUUCGGGAAGCCCGGCGCUGCGCCAAAGGCCAUCCAGAUGAAGCUGAACCCGACUGGGCGGUCGGAGAGCGGCAAGCUGACCGUGGCGAGCGCCUUCAACGCCGACAGCGACGACGAGGUGGAGGAGAUGCCGCCCGAGUGCCGCAUGAAGAUGCGCAACAUCGGACGCGACACGCCCACGAGCUCAGGACCAAACUCCUUUGGGAAAACCAAGCAGGGAUUCUGUGACUCGAAGAAGAUCUUCGAGAAGACACUGCGCGGCUCCACGAAUACCGAUGACGAAUGAACUCAAGGCAUCGGCUUGACUUUCUUCCCCAUUUUCGACUCGUUUGCUCUGGAAUAAAUCAAUGUUAGACUCAAAAAAGCGCCAGAAACGCGCAUUUUCCAUCAAUGACGUCAAUGACCUAGUAAAUUGGA